CUCUAAACCACAACCCUGAAUGGUCGCCUCUCCCUCUCGUUCUCUAUGCUCGAAAAUCCCGCUACCCUCUCUAUUUCUCACUCUCUAGAUCUGGCUUUGUCUUUUCUCUGUUUUGGAAAUGACGAGGAGGAAGUAGGAAGGAACAUGAGGCCAAUGGCACGGACUGACGCCGGGGAUGAUGGCUACAGAGGUUUCGGACGAGGAGAGGAAAGUUGGAAAAGGAAUCGUAGGCAACAAAACUCGCCAGCGAUAGCGAUGGUGAAAUCCUCGAUGAUGGCGGCCGGGAGGCCAAUCGAUCUAAUUGGUUUUUCUUUCAUUUUACAGAUUAAUCUAGGAUUUGGCUCUCAUGUGGGUUUGUUUGUGGAUUUUGAUUUUUUAUUAGUUUUGAUGGCGAGGGAAAGGAAACAGAGCAGGACAGCGGAUUGUACCAACAGAUUACGAUUUCUAGUCUUGCCCUUAUUUGUUCGUGUUGAAUUAGAGAUUGUAAUGUAAUCUGACACUGCUCUUGUUAAUUGUUGUACACUAGUGGCAAUAUAUAUGAGAGGGCCUCGAUUUAGCGGAACCCUGAUCAAGAAAAUUAUCAUUAAUAAUAAAGUUCGUGAUUGUCGG